CAGCCGCAGUCUCCCCACUCUGCUCUCAUCUUAUCAGCGAUGUGACAGCGCAGCUGGAGCUGUGUCCAGGAUCCCGUCCGCGUCUCGCUCUCUGGCAUCCGCUCAGGAUGGAUCGGAGGAGAGCUGACUCCGACUUCAUAACCGCCUCCAGCCCUGUCACGCUGUACGGAGAAUUUACACAGGGCAAUAAUCGAAAAGUCAGAUGCGCCGUCCAGCUGACCGAGAAGGACCUCGUCGUCCAGAGGCUCUCGUCCGCACCUGUCGGUCGGAACAAAGUGGUGCUGAGCCUGAGGGAGUGCGUCGGCUGCCGGGCUUACCGGGAGGAUGACAAGGCAGACCCGUCUGCGUACUUUGCAGCCUACUUUUACCCGCUGAGGAAGCGCCGCUGGAUGAAAUGUGCGCCGUGGCGGCAGCGCGUGGAGCUUUGCUUUCGGCUCGCGGCGCUCCAGGAGCCGCACGCCAACCUGGAGGAGGCAGAGAAGUGGGCUCGCGCCGUGAGAGAGCGCUCUGCCCGGCAACAGCACCUCCGAGACGGGGUGUUGCUGAGCUCCUUGCCCCGUCCAUGCCGGCUGAUGCUGUUUGUGAACCCACAGAGCGGGAAAGGACAAGCACUCUCUCUGUAUGACAACCACAUCCGGCGAAUGUUCAAUGAGGCCGGAGUUAUCCACACACUCAUUAUCACCGAGAGGCAGAAUCAUGCCCGAGAGCGUGUGAGAGACGCUGAGCUGUCACAGUGGGACGCUUUAGUCAUCAUGUCAGGAGACGGACUUCUGCACGAGGUGAUAAAUGGUCUGCUGGAAAGACCCGACUGGGAGGAGGCCAUCCGCACACCGCUGGGUAUCCUUCCUAGUGGAUCAGGCAAUGCCUUGGCUGCAUCUGUACAUUACUACUCUGGAGUCCCUCAGGUGACCAGCGAGGAGCUCCUUGUCAGCUGCGGGUUCCUGCUCUGUAAAGGACUGGUGUCUCACAUGGACCUGGUCUCCCUCCAUCUGUCCUCGGGCGAUCGCCUCUUCUCCUUCCUCUCCCUGGCCUGGGGCUUUGUGGCCGACGUUGACGUGGAAAGCGAGAAGUACCGCCACGCUGGAGCCGCCCGGUUCACCGUUGGCACGCUAGUGAGGCUGGCGUCUCUCCGCAUCUACAAGGGUAAGCUGGCUUACCUUCCCGCCAGCAGGGGGCGCAGUAAGGACAACGUUCUGCAGAAAGGCGCGGCAGCGUGCUGCAGAAAUCCAGCCUCUUGCUUGGAACCGUCCUCUUCUGCGAAACAACCAUCGGAAGAUUCCUGCCCCAACACCUGCCACUCCAACAACUCCCUGAAACUGAGGAGGACGGAGGGUAAAUCUGCCCAAAGUGCCACCAAGGACCUUCCCGGCCCCCCCGACACCCUGCUGCCACCUCUGGAUCAGCCGCUGCCGUCUGACUGGGUGCUGGUGCCAGAGGAAGACUUUGUCCUCAUGCUGGCCAUGUAUCAGUCCCACCUGGCCGAGGACCUUCUGGCAGCUCCUGACGCCCGCUUGGACGAUGGAGUCAUUCAUCUUUUCUACGUGACAGCGGGGAUAUCUCGCAAUGCACUGCUUAGACUGUUUUUAGCCAUGGAGAAGGGCACACAUCUGCAUACGAACUGCCAACAUCUGGUGCACGUUAAGGUGCAGGCACUGAGGCUGGAGCCCGGUACGGGCAAAGGGAUCAUAACGGUGGACGGAGAAGUGGUGGAGUACGGAGCGAUACAGGCCGAGGUGCACGGAGGCCUCGGGAGGCUGAUCAGUGGAUGAGACGAGCGGACAGCGGCGGCAGCUUUCAUCCCCGCUGCGUGAAGUUAAAGCUGCUUAACGAGCGCGAUGAUGUCAGACACGUUCAGGAGGAGGAGGUCUUCAGAUCACGCUUCACCUGAAGAUGCUGUGAUGUUGGACGUAACAGCAAGAGUGUCCGAUUGUUUAACCAAACAUCCUAAUCAUACAUUUAUCUUUUACACCAUCACAUAUUAGGGUAAGACGUCUAAAAAAAA